AUGGAAAAUGUGACAUCUCUAAUAGAGUUUACUCUAUCUGGGUUCAGUGAGAUAUUGGACUACAAACUAACUUUCUUCUGUCUCACUUUACUGUUUUACUGUGUUAUUAUUAUGGUAAAUGUUGCUGUCAUUGUUAUUAUUACCAUGGAUAGAAACCUCCAUGAGCCAAUGUAUAUUUUCCUGUGUAGUUUGUGCGUAAAUGGACUUUUUGGAACUGCUGGAUUUUACCCCAAAUUCCUAUUGGAUCUAUUGUCUCAUCACCAGGGAAUUUCUUAUACAGGGUGCAUGAUUCAAGUUUUAGUAAUAUACUCCACUGUGUGCAUUGAUAUUUGUCUGUUAUCAGUGAUGGCAUAUGACAGGUAUGUAGCAAUCUGUAGACCACUGGAGUAUCACUCUGUUAUGACCAGGCAGAGGGUCGCUCAGUUAGUCUCCUUCUCCUGGCUUGUUCCUUUAGGUCUUGUAUCUACUGCUAUUAUAUUCACUUCCUGGUUGAAGUUGUGUGGCUCACACAUACAGAAACUAUAUUGUGCUCCUUGGUUAGUUGCUAAGCUGUCCUGUGCUCCGACCAUUGCUAAUGUGACAAUACUUUUUUAUGUUAUUCUCGGUAUUUUCAUUGUUUUCACUUAUGUACAGUUGAUCAGAUCAUGUUUGGUGUCCUUGGAGAACAGAGGAAAGUUCAUGAGAACUUGUGUUCCACAUUUAAUGGUUUUAUUCAAUGUCGUCAUUGCUGCUUUAUUUGAUGUCAUGUAUAUGCGAUAUGGCUCCUCAGAUUUACCACAAAGUCUUCAGAAUUUCCUGUCUACAGAAAUGAUUAUAGUUCCUCCAAUAGUCAACCCUGUCAUGUAUGGUAUUACACUGACUCAAAUUCGUAACAAAAUACUUCCAUCAUGUUUGAAAAGGAAAAGACAGAUUUGUUAA